AUGACUUCUUUUGAACCCAUUUAUUAUACCUAUGUGCCCACUGCUCCGCGUUCCAGGAGGGCAAUCACUCAGAAACAUAGCUUUCCUAUCGAGGAGCAGCAUAUUGUGCCAGAUCGAAGAUUAAUUGACGAUACUCAGAGAUCAAAUGAUGGUAAUGAUUCAGGCUCAGAACUUCAAGAGAAUAAUGAUAUAGAAAAUGUUGUCGAUAAUAACUACAAUAUCGAUCUUCUUAUAUCAUAUAAUAUAUCAUAA